AUGCUUCAAAUCCUCCGUCGCAAUGCCAAUCUGGCCAGUGCAAUCGCUGUUCUUGUAGAGGCGAAGCACGCAGUAUUUGAUCCAAGUCGGGUUACUCCCGUCGAUGGUUGUGCCCGUGCCACAGGCUGCCUGGCUACAGCCACGAUUCUCGGUACUAUCGGCCUGGCCGGCGCAGGUUUGGAAAAUUCAGGCGUUUGUCAUGGGGAGGAGGGUGAUGAGGGUAGCCAUAGUAGCACUGCUGACCUUCAUUUUGAAGAUUCUGAGAAGUCUCAAGGAAAGAGGAAGUGGUUUUGA